AUGGCCAGCGAUGCAGGACUCACAAUGAAAGAGGAACUUCAAAAAGAUAUGUUGGAAUGUCUUGACCGAUUCAAAGUUGAACUCCAAACAAGAUCGAAGUCUCUUCAAGAUGUAGUUUCAUUGUUCGAGAUCGUACAAACUGAUGCUUUGCUUUUGGCGACUACUGAAAAACUAAAAUUAGCUACAUCUAAAUUUACUGAUUUUUAUGAUGAGGUCUUAGAAACCGAAUUAUUUUUGGAGAUACCAAGACUGCGAAGACACUUAAAAAUCGCUAAUGUUAUGGUUACUGAUUGGGUGUUUCUAGAUUCUUUAGAGUUUAUUGUAGAAUGGGAUUUUACAGAAUCUCUUCCAGAUCUUAUGAUUGCACUGAAAUUGUUCAUGACGGUUUGCGUGUCCGUAGUUUUACAUGCACCAACAUGUAAAUACGACAAAAUAAUCAUUGUCGGCGCUUCUAGAGGAGAAAGUGUCGAUAUCGUCUGUGAGAUCGAAUCAGAUCCCCCUGCAAAGUCAUAUCGAUGGAAGUUCAACAACUCCGGGGAAACAUUGGACGUGGCUGCGGAAAGAUUUGCUAAAACCAGCAACGGGAGUUUCAGUAUUCUUCGCUACACUCCGGUCUCCGAAUUGGACUACGGUUCUCUGUCCUGUUGGGCGUCCAACUCUGUUGGACAUCAAAUUGAUCCCUGUGUUUUCCAACUAGUUGCGGCUGGCAAACCUUUUCCGGUGAAAAACUGCACUCUCACCAACCAGACAAGUAGCUCCGUCGAGGUGUUCUGCCUACCAGGUUUCGACGGAGGUCUUCCUCAACAUUUCCUCCUCGAGCUAUAUUCCACAAACUCUGCGAUUCCCAGAUUUAACAUGACCUCUUUUACUGAACCCUACUUCUUCUUAGACAACUUGGAGCCUGACGUGACAUUCAGAAUUGUUGUCUUUUCGGUGAAUUCCAAGGGGAGGAGUCAUGGAGUCAUUUUGGAGGAGGUGACUUUCAGGGAUGCGGAGAAAAGAACAGGUUAG